AUGAGAAUUUCUUGGCGGCAAUGUAUCAAGGAUGCUCAAGAAUCAAUUCUGGCACUGUUUUGGAAAUUAAGAGCUGGCACAAAAUUUCAAGAAAUUGCCGAUGGAAGUAUCUCUAAGUUGAACAGUUUGCGUCCACAUUACGUGCGACGUCCUAUGCAGUACUUUCUAAUUUUUGUGCUGUUCCAUUUAUAUCUUCUCUAUGCAAUCGUUUUUGCUGUGGCACAAUUUAUUUCGCUUCACACAAAGGUCAAAGGCUCUCGUGUUAUUCCCGUGCUGCCAAGAUUUACGGCUUGGAAGGAGAAGGUUAUCGUGUUUGCUACAUCCUUAUUCAUUUGGCAUUGGUUUUCUACAAGCUUUCUUGGAGUAUCAGCUGGAUGGCAUCAUUUCACUUCGUGGGUUCUAAAUCUUCGCCCUCAAAUAAAUAUCAAACCCCAAGUGAAGUUGGUUACAAGCAGUGAAUUUUGUCCAUCCACCAAAUCAAGUAUGUCCAUCUCAGUGGAAGAUGUAGAUGCUGAUGUCGACGUCUUUCUAUCUCCUGAGAACAAAGAGGUGGCUGAUGCAAUGAAAAAGUAUGAAAUUGCUGAAAAAAGUGCUUCAUUUGCUAGCGAUCUAAUAUCGUCAGUGGCUGGCAGCAUUUCCCGAUCAACUUCGGUCGAGUCUGCUGCUGACUCUGCAGUUUCCUGGUCUUCGUACUCGGAUUGUGAGGAAGCUCUAGACAACGAUGAAGUCGACUUGGAUGAAGAAUUGAAAAAAUACAACUUUUCUGAGCUACCUACCGACGAUGGCAGCACCAAACCUCUUCUGGCUGAAUGUAGAGGAGCGGAGACCACUACUCGUCCCAAAAAGUCUUUGAAAAAAAUUGCCAACGAUGUUCUUACCACGGUGGGUUGGUCAUUUACUUUGAAAUAUCAAGACUGA